AUGAAGACAGAACGACCAAAGCCCACAUUCAUUAUCAGAUGUCUACAGUGGACCACCGUCAUAGAGAGGACCUUCCAUGUGGACACACCAGAGGAAAGGUGAGCUCACCCCUUACUCUGCUUCUAUGGCCAAUUGACAGCUUUUUCUGUACACUGUACCCACUACAUCUAUGAAAACAGUACAUCUAUGAAAACAGUACAUCUAUGAAAACAGUACAUCUAUGAAAACAUUACAUCUAUGAAAACAUUACAUCUAUGAAAAGGCAUAGUGAAGCUCUCAAGCCAGACUGUCGUGUAAAACUGUGCCAAAUUGCUUACUAGUUCCAUUUUCUAUGAUGGAUUUUUAUGAUAACCUACAAUAUGACUAUGAUAUUAUUUUAUACUAAAUGGGAUUCCAGAGAUAAUUUGGUGUGAAAGUUUUCUUGCGACAAUUAUAUAUUUGUCCUCAGCCUCCAUUCUCUAAGAAUCAACAAAAAUUGAUGUAGCAAUCGCAGAUUACCCCUUUAACAAAGAUUUUUUGAAAACCCAGCACACACAUAGCCACAAUAGACAGACCAGGGUAUUGAGGAGAAGAGAAUUACAGUUAGAGCUGCAGCCUCAAUAGAAAGACCAGGGGAUUGAGGGGAAGAUAAUUACAGUUAGAGCUGCAGCCUCAAUAGAAAGGCCAGGGGAUUGAGGAGAAGAGAAUUACAGUUAGAGCUGCAGCCUCAAUAGAAAGGCCAGGGGAUUGAGGAGAAGAGAAUUACAGUUAGAGCUGCAGCCUCAAUAGAAAGACCGGGGGAUUGAGGAGAAGAGAAUUACAGUUAGAGCUGCAGCCUCAAUAGAAAGGCCAGGGGAUUGAGGAGAAGAGAAUUACAGUCAGAGCUGCAGCCUCAAUAGAAAGGCCAGGGGAUUGAGGAGAAGAGAAUUACAGUUAGAGCUGCAGCCUCAAUAGAAAGGCCAGGGGAUUGAGGAGAAGAGAAUUACAGUCAGAGCUGCAGCCUCAAUAGAAAGGCCAGGGGAUUGAGGGGAAGAUAAUUACAGUCAGAGCUGCAGCCUCAAUAGAAAGGCCAGGGGAUUGAGGAGAAGAGAAUUACAGUUAGAGCUGCAGUCUCAAUAGAAAGGCCAGGGGAUUGAGGAGAAGAGAAUUACAGUUAGAGCUGCAGCCUCAAUAGAAAGGCCAGGGGAUUGAGGGGAAGAUAAUUACAGUCAGAGCUGCAGCCUCAAUAGAAAGGCCAGGGGAUUGAGGAGAAGAGAAUUACAGUUAGAGCUGCAGUCUCAAUAGAAAGGCCAGGGGAUUGAGGAGAAGAGAAUUACAGUUAGAGCUGCAGCCUCAAUAGAAAGGCCAGGGGAUUGAGGGGAAGAUAAUUACAGUUAGAGCUGCAGUCUCAAUAGAAAGGCCAGGGGACCCUAGAGUCGAUUUCCACACCCCAAAUCUAAUUAGUAUAAUAAAAAAAUCCCCACAAAAAUCUGUCAGUUUAAGCUAGAGAUAUGUUUUUUUUGCAUUGGAUACGUCUCAAUCCACCACACUUCUUCAUCUGCGGUGAAAGGUGACAGAGCUAGAGCAAUGUUUGUAGACCAUGAGACAUCCCAAAAAUUGGUCUUCCCACAAAAUCGUCUGUAGCAUCUGAAUGGUUUGGCCUACAAACUAUUAACCCCUCCAUGGAAAGAUGAGACUCGCACGAACACGAUGGUGUUCUCUGUUUUGCUCUACGACCUUCACAAGUGUCAAGAGACUCGUCUGAAGUCGGUACAGCCGAUCUGCCAACUUCUGUCAGUAGCAUCCGAACCCUUUGGGCUACACACCUAUGAUCCCUCUGUGCAAAGGUGAGAUUCUCACGAACAUGUACAUGUCGGUUGUUUUACUCUAAGACGCCCACAGGCCUCACAAGACUUGUCUGAAGGUCUCCCAGUACCAGUUUAAAAAAAUGAAUGGAAGUACAGUGCCUUCGGAAAGUAUUCAGACCCCCUGAUUUUUCCACAUAGGUUACAGCCUUAUUCUAAAAAGUAUUAAAUAGUUUUUUUCCCUCAUCAAUCUACACACAAUACCCGAUAAUGACAAUGCAAAAACAGUUUUUUGGACAUUUUUGCUAAUGUAUUAAAUGAAAGAAAUAUGAUUUAUUUUUUACAUAAGUAUUCUGACCUUUUAACCAGUACUUUGUUGAAGCACCUUUGGCAGCGAUCACAUCCUGUAUUUGGGGAGUUUCUCCCAUUCUUCUCUGUAGAUGCUCUCAAGCUCUGUCAGGUUGGAUGGGGAGUGUCGCUACACAGCUAUUUUCAGGUCUCUCCAGAGAUAUUCGAUCGGGUUCAUGUCCGGGCUCUGGCUGGGCCACUCAAGGACAUUCAGAGACUUGUCCUGAAGCCACUCCUGCGUUGUCUUGGCUGUGUGCUUUGAGUCAUUGUCCUGUUGGAAGGUGAACCUUCGGCACCCCCAUGCUUCACCGUAGGGAUGGUGCCAGGUUUCCUCCAGACAUGAUGCUUGGCAUUUAGGCCAAAGAGUUGAAUCUUGGUUUCAUCAGACCAGAGAAUCUUGUUUCUCAUGGUCUGAGAGUCUUUAGGUGCCUCGGUCUGAGAGUCUUUAGGUGUCUCGGAGCUCUACGGACAACAAAAAUAUGGGGUUAAAUACAUUAAAAUAACAAAACAAAAAAGUUUUGGAGAGACAUUUCAGAACAAACUUCCUUUUGAUAUUUUUGGGGGACUAUCUGUUGUUCCAUGAAUUGAAUCUGUUGUUCAACGCAUCUGUAUGGGCUAAUAGCAUUAAGACCAACAAUUAUGUUUUAUCAAAUUCUUCAAGGGUUCUUAAAAUUCCAAAUCAAAUAGCUAAAUGAACCUUGGUAUGACCUUCUUAAAACAAUUCCAUAUAGCUUAGUAGAACGUAUUUUCCAGUUCCUGUCUUGAGCUUUACAGCCGCUGUACUGUAUCUCUGUCUGUCUGGCUGUAUCCACCUGGCAGAGGCCCAGCAACGGCUGGCCCACGUGUGAGGAGAGAGUUGGCACCCGCUGGCACGCCGCCCAACUGUAGUCAGGCCCAUUAUCUCUCGUUAGCUAAAAAAAUCACAUUAUACUCCAAAGAAAAUGGACGGGGUAGGGAGAGAUGGCUCGGCUCGCAUUCAUCUGCACAACCUUGAGAGGAUUCCUGCUGCUUUUUAUGUGUACACUGUGCCGUUCGAUUGUUCAAAAGGAACACAACUUUUGUUGGCCCUUGUUGGGAGUCACAUGUAGGAUAUAUUCAGAAGCCUAUGUGGUGUAAAGCUGCAAAAAGUUGUUCAGAAAAAGAAUCCUGUAUGGAUUUGCACCUUGUUCAAUCCCUCAUUAUAUCAUAUGGGCCUCAAACUCAAAGCAAAACAUCAAACAAAAACCAAAUGGAUGCUAUUUUGUUCUGUUUGCAUUAUCCCGUUACCGAAAACAAAACAACUUUUCAACUGGAGUCAACAGUUACUUUGUUGUAAAGCAGAAAGCCCAGCAGUCCUCCUAGAAAUGCUAUCCUACGUACAGUAAAUGAAAGUUUCCAAAUCCCAACGAUCCCCUCCUGUGGAAUGUUUAUGUAGCAGCAGUACAGCCCAGAGGGAAGCACAAACCACACAGAUAUAUUCAUCAUCAUUUAAUACACACAUUCUCGCACAAAUCUAAAUGCAUCACUGGUUUUAUGCAACAGAUGUUGUACGGCACAACAAAUGUAAACCCAAUUGGGGGUAACACCAUUCGCGAACAAGCAAUAGUUCCAAUUCACAUAACCUAAUUUUUUAACAUUUGUUUUGUUCUAAAGUGUCUGAUCAUCAACGAUUACAUAGAUGAUUGCAUAGAUUAGCCUUUGUUGAAAUCCCAUUUUUACCCCAUUGUGAAGGUAUAAUGAAUAAAUUGCACUGUCUAGAGAUCAUUCUUAAUUUAGCAUAAUGUAAUUGUUUUUGCAAAUGGUGUUACCCCCCCAUUCUACCUUAUGUUAUUUUUAGUGCUACAUUGAUAUUAAUUACUGCAUUGUUGGGUUUAGAACUUGCAAGAAAGGCAUUCCACUGUCCUUGUGCACGUGACAUUAAAACUUGAUUCUGCAUGAUGUUGUCACAUUAGACAGUAAACAGUAGCUACAUUUCAUUGUGAAAUAUCAUUGUUACAGUGCAGAAGUGUGUUCAUGUGUCUGUGUUAUAGGUGCGUAUGGUGUGAGUUUAAAGAGGCUAUCCAUACUCCAGACGAUUUCCUAUAUAUGGAGCUCUAGAGGUGUACAGUGCCUUCAGAAAGUAUUCAUACCCCUUGACUUAUUCCAUAUUUUGUUGUGUUACAGCCUGAAUUCAAAAUUGAUUUAAAUAUUAUUAUUUUUCUCACCCUUCUACACACAAUACACCAUUAUGACAAGUGAAAACAUGUUUUUUGAAAUCUUUGCAAAUGUAUUGAAAAUGAAAUUCAGAAAUAUCUCAUUUAUAUAAGUAUUCACACCCCUGAGUCAAUACUUUGUAGAAGUACCUUUGGCUGCGAUUACAGCUUUGAGUCGUCUUGGUUAUGUCUGUAUCAGCUUUGCACAUCUGGAUUUGGGGACUUUUUCCUAUUCUUCCUUGCAUUUUCUCAAGCUCUUUAGUUAGAUGGGGAGUGGCGGUGAACAUGAAUAUUCAAGUUUUCCACAGAUUUUUUAUGGGAUUCAAGUCUGGGCUUUGGCUGGGCACUCAAGGACUUCACAUUCUUGAUCUGAAGCCAUUCCAGCAUUGCUUUGGCUGUAUUCUUGGGGUCAUUGUCCUGUUGGAACGUAAAUCUUCGCCACAGUCUAAGGUCGUUUGCACUCUGAAGCAGGUUCUCAUCAAGGAUUUGCCUGUAUUUGGCUCCAUUCAUUGUUCCCUCUAUCCUUACCAGUUUCCCAGUCCCUGAAAAGCAUCCCCAUAGCAUGAUGCUGCCACCACCAUGCUUAAUGGUAGGGAUGGUGUUAGAUGGGUGAUGAGUAGUGCCUGGUUUUGUCCAGACCUAGCACUUUGCAUUCAGGCCAAAGAGUUACAUUCUUGUCUCAUCAGACCACAUAAUAUUUUGCCUUAUGCUCUCAGUCUUUCACAUACCUUUUGCAAACUCCAGGUGUGCUGUCAUGUGCCUUUUUCUCAGGAGUGGCUUCCGUCUGGCCACUCUUCCAUAAAGCCCAGAUUGGUGAAGCACUUUAGAGACGGUUGUCCUUCUGGCAGGUUCUCCCAUCUCAGCCAAGGAACUCUGUAGUUCUGUCAGAGUGGUCAUUGGGUUCUUGGUCACCUACCUUACCAAGGUCCUUCUUGCCCGGUUGCUCAGUUUGGUCGGACGGCCAGCUUUAGGCAGAGUCUGGGUAGUUCCAUAUUUUUUCAAUUUCCCAACAAUGGAGACCACUGUGCUUUUGGAAACUUUCAACACUCUAUAAAUAGUUUUAUACCCUUCCCCACAUUUGUGCCUCAUCACAAUUCUAUCUUGGAGAGCUACGGACAGUUCCAUGGACUUCAUGGUAUAGUUUCUGCUCUGACAUGCACUGUCAACUGUGGGACCUUAUAUAGACAGUUGUGUUUCUUUCUAAAGAAUGUCCAAACAAUUAUAAUAUAUUGGCCACAGGUGGACUCCAAUCAAGUUGUAGUGACAGCUCAAGGAUGAUCAAAGGAAAUUGGAUGCACCUGAGUUCAAUUUAGAGUGUCAUAGCAAAGGGGUGUGAAUAUUUAUGUAAAUGAGAUAUUUAUGUAUUUCAUUUUCAAUACAUUUGCAAAACAUUUACAUUUUAGUCAUUUAGCAGACACUCUUAUCCAGAGCGACUUACAGUUAGUGAAUCCAUAUGUAUUUAAAAAAAAAAAAAAAAUUAUGUUGCCCCCCCGUGGGAAACGAACCCACAUCCCUGCCGGCCAAACCCUCCCCUACCUUGAACAACGCUGGACCAAUUGUGCACCGCCCAUGGGUCUCCCGGUUGUGGCCGGCUGCGACAGAGCCUGGACUCGAACCAGGAUCUCUAGUGGCACAGCUAGCACUGCGAUGCAGUGCCUUAGACCACUGCGCCACUCGGGAGUCUAGGAAAAAAACAUGUUUUCACUUUGUCAUUAUGGGGUAUUGUGUGUAGAUGGGUGAGAGAGAAAAAAUCUAUUUAAUCCAUUUUGAAUUCAGGCUGUAACACAACAAAAUGUGGAAUAAGUCAAGGGGUAUGAAUACUUUCUGAAGGCACUGUACUGUAUGUCCUGACAAGAUAAGUGAACAGGGGCUAACCAGACUACUAUAUAGACUAGGGGUGUUAAACUCAUUUUGCCCUGGGGGACGCAUUCGGUCUUCAUUGAGGUCCAGAGGACAACACUGAAAAUGUGUUAUAUUUCCUCGCCAUUCAAAUUUGCAACAAAUUGUCCUCUAUCCAUCAUUUUGGGCAUUUUCUAUGCUCCCUGACUGUCUAGCUUUCAUUUAGGUGAUUAUUAGCGAGCUGGACAGUCUAGAAACUGUAUGAAUGUAGGUCCAAUAUAAUUUCUACACAGUUUCGAUUUGGUUUUAGUCAUUUUAAAGUAUUUUGAGAUAACCCCCCCCCCACACACACACACACACACACACACACACAAACACACAAACACAAAAAACAAAUAGGUAUAUAUACAGUAUAUUUUUUUACUCAAACCACCCGCGGCCGUAUUGGACCCCCUGAUAUAGACUGUAAAGACAUUGGACCUAUCUAGAGGUGUGUGUUCUGGAACUAACUAGAGGGGUGUGUUCUGGAACUAACUAGAGGUGUGUGUUCUGGAACUAACUAGAGGGGUGAGUUCUGGAACUAACUAGAUGGGUGUGUUCUGGACCUAACUAGAGAGGUGUGUUCUGGAACUAACUAGAGGGGUGAGUUCUGGAACUAACUAGAGGUGUGUGUUCUGGAACUAACUAGAGGGGUGUGUUCUGGAACUAACUAGAGGGGUGUGUUCUGGACCUAACUAGAGGGGUUAGUUCUGGAACUAACUAGAGGUGUGUGUUCUGGACCUAACUAGAGGGGUGUGUUCUGGAACUAAUUAGAGGGGUGAGUUCUGGAACUAACUAGAGGUGUGUGUUCUGGAACUAACUAGAGGGGUGUGUUCUGGAACUAACUAGAGGGGUGUGUUCUGGACCUAACUAGAGGGGUGAGUUCUGGAACUAACUAGAGGGGUGUGUUCUGGACCUAACUAGAGGGGUGUGUUCUGGAACUAACUAAAGGGGUGAGUUCUGGAACUAACUAGAGGAGUGUGUUCUGGACCUAUCUAGAGGGGUGUGUUCUGGAACUAAUUAGAGGUGUGUGUUCUGGAACUAACUAGAGGGGUGUGUUCUGGAACUAACUAGAGGGGUGUGUUCUGGAACUAACUAGAGGGGUGUGUUCUGCUGUGUUUUCCAAACAGGGAUGAGUGGACAGAGGCGGUCCAGAUAGUAGCAGACAAACUCCAAAGACAGGAGGAGGAGAGGAUCCAAUGCAGUCCCACCUCUCAGAUAGACAACAUCGGAGAGCUGGAGGAGAUGGACACCUCUACCAGCCACCAUAAACGGAAGGUAAGAGACAAACACCUGGACAAACAACUGGAUUACUUUUUUCCCCGAUCAAAUGAUUUUUAUUUACUAAUAAUAAUUGUCAGCGAACAUAAAUACAUACAUACAAAAUGAAGUUACAAUAUAUAUACAUAUGCUGUGCUGUCUCUGAAGUUCCCUUCACUACCUUAUCUCCCUCCACAGGAUGAAGUGGCCCACACACUCACAGAGAGCAGAGUACUAAAAAACAGUACGUAUCCUUUCUUAACCGUGAGUACCCAACUAUACACACACACACAAACACACACACACACACACACACACACACACACACACACACACACACACACACACACGCACACACACAUCACACAGACACAUAGUGAAAUCAACUAGAAUAUACACCACAGUAAGUUAGCAGCAUGUUGAGGCUGUAUGUACCUGAAGUACCAGAUGCUCAUUAUAAUGCAGUGAAUAAACUGUUAGAAAUCAACAGCCCAAGUGUAGCCCUACAUCUGUCAACAAGACACCACUAAGAGGUUAUUUCAGUGGCACUCCAGAUGCUGUUGUUCGCUGCAAAACACACACACACACGGCAAAACCAUUAAGGUUCAUAUCACAUCACAGUAACAUUACACCUUGGUUUAGUUCUCUCACACCUGUCAGUCAGAGAGCAACUGUUCUUUGGUUUAAUGUUUAACUCCCUGGAUAGAAAACAUACUGAGAAACAACAUCAAUAGACAUCUGUGCUAGGUGUGAACCUCUCCUCAGGUUGUGGAGCUGAUGGUUGUGUUUCUUCCUGUUUCAGUCUUUGAAGUAUUCCUUCCAGACUAAAGACCGCCUAUGCUUUGUAAUGGAAUAUGUGAAUGGAGGAGAGGUAAGCCCUAACUGGUACUUGUUGCGCUCUCUCCUCUCUCUCUCUCCUUCUCUCUCUUUCUCUCUCUCUCGCUCUCUGUCACGGUUUCGGCCGAGGCUGCCUCUCUCCCUUGUUCGGGCAGGUUUCGGCGUUCGUCGUCUCCGGAAUUCUAGCUGCCACCGCUGUAUGUUUCAUGUUCGUUUGCUUUUGUCUGUUUGUUUCCACACCUGUUUCUGUUUUGGCGUAAUUAGUGUCCUAUAAGUUUCUCGUUGUGUUUGUCUAGUGUUGUGUGUAAUUAUUUUCCGUCAGUUGUGUGUAUUGCUCGGUUGAGCUUCUCUCCACUGCGCUGGAGUAUUUUCGCACCUGUUUGUGCGCAGUUACAUUUGUCGCACCUGUUAGUGCGCUGUUACUUUUCGCCUUCGUGCGUAUUUUUCGCCUUCGGGCAAAGUUUUCCUUUUGCCUUAGUUUGGGCAGUAAUACAAGCCUUUGGAAUAUCGUUCUGAGUCCUGCGUUUGAUUCCACCAUUGCACCUACAGCACGCCCUGACAGAAUUACACACCAUCAAUGGAAUCAGCAGGAGCCGAAGCAGCCCAGACGAGACUGGAGGCCCAGGUUCGGGACCAACAAGAUCAGAUCCUGCAGAUGGGGACCGCCCUGCAGGAGGUGAUUUCCACCCUCCGAGGCUGGGGUACGCCUCCACCGCCUCCCUCCCUGCCAGCACCAUCGGCCAGCCCGCCCAUUCCAGCGCCGGAACCUCGAGGAGUCCGACUAUCUCUCCCGAGGGCCUACGACGGAACCGCGGCUGGGUGUCAGGGAUUCCUACUCCAGGUGGAGCUAUACCUGGCCACAGUGCACCCGGCACCUUCGGGGCAUGAGAGCGUGUCCGCCCUGAUCUCCUGCCUGGCCGGAAAAGCGUUGGAGUGGGCCAACGCGGAGUGGAGGAAGAUCGACGCCACGACGAUUACCUACGACGAGUUCUCCCGCCGCUUCAGGGCGGUGUUUGACCAUCCCCCGGAGGGGAAAGCGGCGGGGGAGCGUCUGGUCUUCCUCCGGCAGGGGAGGAGGAGUGCCCAGGAAUUCGCUCUCGAAUUCCGUACUCUAGCGGCAGAUGCAGGGUGGAAUGAUCGGGCCCUCAUCGAUCUAUACAGAUGUAGCCUACGAGAGGACGUCCGUCGGGAGCUGGCUUGUAGGGACACCAGCCUCUCUUUCGACCAGCUGGUCGACAUGUCCAUCAGGCUGGAUAACCUACUGGCUACCCGCGGACGUCCUGCGGAGGGUCCGUCCAUUUCACCCUCCAGCGCCUCCGAGCCGUGUCCUAUGGAGCUCGGGGGCGCUGGCGCUAGAGAGAGGAGGAGUCGGCAGGCUAGGGGGUCCAUCCACUGCACCAACUGUGGUCGGGGAGGACACACCACGGCUAGGUGCUGGGGAUGGCCUCCUAGGGGAGAUGACGACAGGUCCCGCACUGGGGAUUCCCUCCAGGUGAGUAGGCGCCCCACUCACCCAGAGCUCACUGUUGCCCAUUUUUGUAUGCCUGUAAGUUUUCCACAGGUAGCACCUCAUUCCCAGCAUAAGGCGCUGGUAGAUUCAGGCGCGGCUGGGAAUUUUAUUGAUAAAACGUUUUGUUUAGCGUUAGGGAUUCCCCUUAUUCCUGUUGAUGUUCCUUUCCCCGUUCAUGCCCUAGAUAGUCGUCCGUUGGGUACGGGCUUAAUCAGGGAAGUCACGGCGCCACUUAGGAUGUGUGCGCAGGGGGAUCAUCAGGAGAUGAUUCAGCUGUUCCUGAUUGACUCUCCUGCGUAUCCGGUGGUGCUGGGCAUGCCCUGGUUGAGUACCCAUAACCCAGCUAUUUCGUGGCAGGAGAGGGCUCUGAUGGAGUGGUCUGCUCAGUGUGUGGGUAGAUGUUUGGGCGUUUCCGUAGGGGCUACCUCGGUGGAGAGUCCAAACCAGGUGCCCGCAUUGCACGUUCCACCUGAGUAUGGGGAUUUGGCUAUUGCGUUUAGUAAGGCGAGGGCGACGCGGUUGCCACCCCAUAGGCAGGGGGAUUGUGCGAUAGACCUCCAGGCAGGAGCUGCGCUCCCACGGAGCCAUGUGUAUCCUCUGUCUCAGGAAGAGAAGAAAGCUAUGGAGAUUUACAUAGACGAAUCUCUGAGACAAGGAUACAUACGGCCUUCCACUUCCCCUGCGUCCUCGAGUUUCUUUUUUGUGAAGAAAAAGGAUGGGGGUUUGCGCCCGUGCAUCGAUUACCGUGGUCUCAAUCAGAUUACGGUGAAGUAUAGUUAUCCACUCCCGCUGAUUGCGACCAUGACUGAGUCGUUGCAUGGGGCGCGUUUCUUCACGAAAUUAGAUCUCAGGAGCGCGUACAACUUGGUGCGCAUCAGGGAGGGUGAUGAAUGGAAAACAGCCUUUAGUACCACCUCGGGCCAUUACGAGUAUCUGGUCAUGCCAUACGGGUUGAUGAACGCUCCGUCAGUUUUCCAAUCAUUCGUGGAUGAGAUCUUCAGGGACAUGCAGGGGCAGGGGGUGGUGGUGUACAUUGAUGACAUUCUCGUGUACUCGCCUACCCGUGUCGAGCAUGUGGCCCUGGUGCGUAGAGUGUUGCGGAGGCUGGUGGAGCACGACCUGUAUGUGAAGGCAGAGAAGUGUCUGUUUUUCCAGGAGUCGGUCUCCUUUUUGGGUUAUCAGUUGUCUGCGUCAGGGGUGAAGAUGGAGGUAGACCGGGUGUCGGCCGUGCGUAAUUGGCAAACACCAACCACUGUGAAGGAGGUGCAGCAGUUUUUGGGGUUUGCAAAUUACUACAGGAGGUUUAUCCGGGGUUUUGGACAGGUGGCAGCUCCCAUCACGUCUCUGUUGAAGGGGGGUCCGGUGCGUCUGCAGUGGUCGGCCGAGGCGGACAGGGCGUUUGGGAGGCUGAAGGACCUGUUUACCUCGGCCCCGGUGCUGGCGCAUCCGGAUCCCUCUUUGCCGUUCCAGGUAGAGGUGGACGCGUCGGAGGCCGGUUUAGGAGCCGUGCUUUCACAACGGUCUGGCGCGCCACCUAAACUCCGCCCCUGUGCUUUUUAUUCUAAGAAGCUCAGUCCGGCGGAGCGGAACUAUGACGUAGGGGACAGGGAGCUGUUAGCCGUGGUACAGGCUCUAAAGGUGUGGAGGCACUGGCUUGAGGGGGCUCAACACCCUUUCCUCAUUUUGACGGACCACCGUAACCUGGAGUACAUCCGGGCGGCGAGGAGGCUGAACCCUUUUCAUUAAGGCUGAACCCUUUUCACGUCUGGAGCCGCGCGUCAAGGGGGGGGUACUGUCACGGUUUCGGCCGAGGCUGCCUCUCUCCCUUGUUCGGGCAGGUUUCGGCGUUCGUCGUCUCCGGAAUUCUAGCUGCCACCGCUGUAUGUUUCAUGUUCGUUUGCUUUUGUCUGUUUGUUUCCACACCUGUUUCUGUUUUGGCGUAAUUAGUGUCCUAUAAGUUUCUCGUUGUGUUUGUCUAGUGUUGUGUGUAAUUAUUUUCCGUCAGUUGUGUGUAUUGCUCGGUUGAGCUUCUCUCCACUGCGCUGGAGUAUUUUCGCACCUGUUUGUGCGCAGUUACAUUUGUCGCACCUGUUAGUGCGCUGUUACUUUUCGCCUUCGUGCGUAUUUUUCGCCUUCGGGCAAAGUUGUCCUUUUGCCUUAGUUUGGGCAGUAAUACAAGCCUUUGGAAUAUCGUUCUGAGUCCUGCGUUUGAUUGCACCUACAGCAAGCCCUGACACUCUCUCUCAUUUCAAGGGGCUUUAUUGGCAUGGGAAACAUAUGUUUACAUUGCCAAAGCAAGUGAAAUAGAUAAUAAACAAAAGGGAAAUAAACAAUCAGAAAUGAACAGUAAACAUUACACUCACAAAAGUAUUAAAAGAAGAUAAACAUUUAAACUGUUAUAUAAUUGUCUAUGUGGUGUAAGAAUGUGCAAAUAGUUGGUCAGGUAUUCCUCCACUCUGUACUCUCUGUUUAGGGACAGAUAACAUUCCAGUUUGCAUUGUUAAGUGGUCAGGUAUUCUAUCACUGUGGACUCUCUGUUUAGGGACAGAUAACAUUCCAGUUUGCAUUGAUAAGUGGUCAGGUAUUCUGCCACUGUGGACUCUCUGUUUAGGGACAGAUAACAUUCCAGUUUGCAUUGUUAAGUGGUCAGGUAUUCUUCCACUCUGUACUCUCUGUUUAGAGCCAUAUAGCAUUCCAGUUUGCUCUGUUUUUUUGUUAAUUCUUUCCAAUGUGUCAAAUAAUAAAUAUUUUACUUUUCUAAUUGUGUUGCUGUCCUGGGGCUCUGUGGGGUCUGUUUGUGUUGGUGAACAGAGCCCCAGUACCAGCUGGCUGAGGGGACUCUUCUCUCUGUAGGUGAAGGCUUUGUUAGGGAAGGUUUGAGAAUCUCUUCCUUUUAGGUGGUUGUAGAAUUGAAUUGCUAUUUUCUGGAUUUUGAUAAUUAGCUGGAAUCAUCCAAAUUCUGCUCUGCAUGCAUUAUUUGGUGUAUUACGUUGUACAAAGAGGAUGUUUUUGCAGAAUUCUUAAUGCAGAGUCACAAUUUGGUGUUUGUCACAUUUUGUGAAUUCUUGGUUGGUCAGUGGACCCCAGACCUCACAACCAUAAAAGGCAAUGGGUUCUUUAACUGAUUCAAGUAUUUUUUAAAUAGAUCCUAAUUGGGAUAUCAAAUGUUAUGUUCCUUUUAAUGACGUAGAAGGCCCUUCUUGCCUUGUCUCUCAGAUCGUUCACAGCUUUGUGGAAGUUUCCUGUGGUGCUGAUGUUCAGGCCGAGGUAGGUAUAAUUAUUUGUGUGCUCUAGGGCAACGGUGUCCAAAUGGAAUUUGUAUUUGUGGUCCUGGCAACUGGACCUUUUUUGGAACACCAUUAUUUUAGUCUUAAUGAAAUUUACUGUCAGGGCCCAGGUCUGACAGAAUCUGUGCAGAAUAUCUAGGUGCUGCUGUAGGCCCUCCUUGGUUGGGGACAAAAGCAUCAGAUCAUUAGCAAACAGUAGACAUUUGAUUUCAGAUUCUAGUAGGGUGAGGCCGGGUGCUGCAGACUGCUCUAGAGCCCUCGCCAAUUCGUUGAUAUAAAUUUUGAAGAGGAUGAGGCUUAAACUGCAUCCCUGUAUCACCCCACGGCCCUGUGGAAAGAAAUGUGUGUGUUAAUUGUCAAUUUUAACCGCACACUUAUUGUUUGUGUACAUGGAUUUUAUAAUGUUGUAUGUUUUUCCCCCAACCCCACUUUCCAUCAAUUUGUAUAGCAGGCCCUCAUGCCAAAUUGAGUCAAAAGCUUUUUUGAAAUCAACAAAGCAUGAGAAAACUUUGCCUUUGUUUUGGUUUAGGGUGUGCAGGGUGAAUACGUGGUCUGUCGUAUGGUAAUCUGGUAAAAAGCCAAUAUGACAUUUGCUCAGGACAUUGUUUUCACUGAGGAAAUGUACGAGUCUGCUGUUAAUGAUAAUGCAGAGGAUUUUCCCAAGGUUGCUGUUGACGCAUAUCUCACGGGAGUUAUUGGGGUUGAAUUUGUUAUUGGGGGGGGGGGGGGGGGGGGGUCGACUGGAUGGGGUGGGGGUGGGGUUGGGUCUGGUGGUGCUGUGGUCUGGGUGUAGGUCCUCUUGGUGUGGAUCCUCUCGGUGCAGGACCUACGGGAUGGGGUCUUGUAGUUCUGGGGGUGUGUCUUGCUGGUCUGGGCGGGGUUUCCGUUGCUCUGUUGCUCCUGUGUGAGGUGUUGGGGCUGGGGGUGAGGGUGAUGUCCCUCAGGCUCCUGGCAAAGGUGGGGACUGCUGCCUUGUAGAGGUGGACCUGGUCAUAAAGGCUGUUCAAGUCCAGGGUGGAGUGGUGGGCCAGGUAGAUGUUAGGUUUUGAGGCACAGUCCCGGGAAAUGCUUGCAUUCACCCGCUGUAUGGUGGCAGGGUGAAAGUAUUGUCUUGGUAGCAGUGUGGAGAUGACCACUCGUGAGUUAGGGAUUGAGGAAGACGCUUUUUCAAUCACUCCCUGGAGUGCUGUGGCCACCCUGUGUGAAUUAUGAUGUGGCUGGGCGACCCUAGUCGGUCCUCUGACAGCAGCUCCAGGGCAUGCCUAGUGUUUGGACACCACAGUUUAGCCACUUUGUGUUUUGGAAAAAGUUGAUUCUCAACAAUGUAUUUCCCAUUUGAGUCAAUGAGGAGCACAAUCUCUGGUUUUUGUGUGUCCUCAGUGGGUGUGGGGGUGUUGUCAGGAGAGCUAUCCGGUGGGCUGACAGGAGGGGUGCCAAGAGGGGAAGUCUGCUGGCUUGGUGGAUCCUGCCUUGUCUGUCCCACUGUGGCAUUAAGGCUGUGGUCGAGGUCUGAAGUGGGCUGUUCUUUUGGCUUCUCUGGGGGGAUGGCCAGCUCUCUCAUGAGUGGUUCAUUGUCGCACCUCAGCUUUCUCACCUCCUCUUGCAGUGCUGUUAGCUGGACUAUGUGCCUCUGUUAGCUGGACUGUGUGUCCCUCUGUUAGCUGGACUGUGUGUUCCUCUGUUAGCUGGACAGUGUGUUCCUCUGUUAGCUGGGCUGUGUGUUCCUAUGUUAGCUGGGCUCUGUGUUCCUCUGUUAGCUGGGCUCUGUGUUCCUCUGUUAGCUCUUUAUUCCUCUGUUAGCUGGACUGUGUGUUCCUCUGUUAGCUGGGAUCUGUGUUCCUCUGUUAGCUCUGUAUUCCUCUGUUAGCUGGACUGUGUGUUACUCUGUUAGCUGGGCUCUGUGUGUUCACCUGUUAGCUCUGUAUUCCUCUGUUAGCUGGACUGUGUGUUCCUCUGUUAGCUGGGCUCUGUGUUCCUCUGUUAGCUCUGUGUUCCUCUGUAAGCUGGGUUCUGUGUUCCUCUGUUAGCUGGGCUCUGUGUUCCCCUGUUAGCUGGGCUCUGUUUUCCUCUGUUAGCUCUGUGUUCCUCUGUUAGCUGGACUGUGUGAGCCUCUGUUAGCUGGACUGUGUGGUCCUCUGUUAGCUGGGCUCUGUGUUUCUCUGUUAGCUGGGCUCUGUGAUCCUCUGUUAGCUGGACUGUGUGUUCCUCUGUUAGCUGGGCUCUGUGUUCCUCUGUUAGCUGGGCUCUGUGUUCCUCUGUUAGCUGGACUGUGUGUUCCUAUGUUAGCUGGGCUCUGUGUUUCUCUGUCAGCUCUGUGUUCCUCUGUUAGCUCUCUGUUCCUCUGUUAGCUGGGCUGUGGGUGCCUCUGUUAUCUGGACUCUGUGUUCCUCUGUUAGCUCUGUGUUCAUCUGUUAGCUGGACUGUGUGUACCUCUAUUAGCUGGACUGUGUGUUCCUCUGUUAGCUGGACUGUGUAUUCCUCUGUUAGCUGGACUGUGUAUUCCUCUGUUAGCUGGACUGUGUGUUCCUCUGUUAGCUGGACUUGUAUUCCUCUGAUAGCUGGGCUCUGUGUUCCUCUGUUAGCUGGACUAUGUGUUCCUCUAUUAGCUGGACUCUGUGGUCCUCUGUUAGCUCCGUGUUUCUCUGUUAGCUGGGCUCUGUUUUCCUCUGUUAGCUGGGCUGUGUGUUCCUCUAUUAGCUGGGCUCUGUGUUCCUCUGUUAGCUCUGUGGUCCUCUGUUAGCUGGGCUGUGUGUUCCUCUGUUAGCUGGGCUCUGUGUUCCUCUGUUAGCUCUGUGUUCCUCUGUUAGCUGGGCUCUGUGUUCCUCUGUUAGCUGGACUGUGUGUUCCUCUAUUAGCUGGGCUCUGUGUUCCUCUGUUAGCUCUGUGUUCCUCUGUUAGCUGGGCUCUGUGUUCCUCUGUUAGCUCUGUGUUCCUCUGUUAGCUCUGUGUUCCUCUGUUAACUGGGCUCUGUGUUCCUCUGUUAGCUCUGUGUUCCUCUGUUAGCUGGGCUCUGUGUGCCUCUGUUAGCUUUGUGUUCCUCUGUUAGCUAGAACGUGUGUUCCUCUGUUAGCUGGACUGUGUGUUCCUCUGUUAGCUGGGCUGUGUGUUCCUCUGUUAGCUGGACUAUGUGUUCCUCUGUUAGCUCUGUGUUCCUCUGUUAGCUGGGCUCUGUGUUCCUCUGUUAGCUCUGUGUUCCUCUGUUAGCUCUGUGUUCCUCUGUUAACUGGGCUCUGUGUUCCUCUGUUAGCUCUGUGUUCCUCUGUUAGCUGGGCUCUGUGUGCCUCUGUUAGCUUUGUGUUCCUCUGUUAGCUAGAACGUGUGUUCCUCUGUUAGCUGGACUGUGUGUUCCUCUGUUAGCUGGGCUGUGUGUUCCUCUGUUAGCUGGACUAUGUGUUCCUCUGUUAGCUCUGUGUACCUCUGUUCGUUGGACUGUGUUCCUCUGUUAGCUGGGCUCCGUGUUCCUCUGUUAGCUCUGUGUUCCUCUGUUAGCCGGACUGUGUUUUCCUCUGUUAGCUGGUCUGUGUACUCCUCUGUUAGCUGGACUGUGUGUUACUCUGUUAGCUGGGCUCUGUGUGUUCCUCUGUUAGCUCUGUAUUCCUCUGUUAGCUGGACUGUGUGUUCCUCUGUUAGCUGGGCUCUGUGUUCCUCUGUUAUCUCUGUGUUCCUCUGUAAGCUGGGUUCUGUGUUCCUCUGUUAGCUGGGCUCUGUGUUCCUCUGUUAGCUGGGCUCUGUGUUCCUCUGUUAGCUCUGUGUUUCUCUGUUAGCUGGGCUCUGUGAUCCUCUGUUAGCUGGACUGUGUGUUCCUCUGUUAGCUGGGCUCUGUGUUCCUCCGUUAGCUGGGCUCUGUGUUCUUCUGUUAGCUGGACUGUGUGUUCCUAUUUUAGCUGGGCUCUGUGUUUCUCUGUUAGCUCUGUGUUCCUCUGUUAGCUCUGUGUUCCUCUGUUAGCUGGGCUGUGGGUUCCUCUGUUAUCUGGACUCUGUGUACCUCUGUUAG